AUGGCAGCCGGACGCAGCGCAGCCCUCAAACUCGACUGGGCCAAAGUUUCCCAAUCCCUCGGACUCAAGGGAGCCACCGCGACCUCCCUCCAAGCCUUCAAGAAGCGUAACGAAGAUGCCCGUCGCCGCGUUCAAGCUCUCUCUGAGCAACCUACCAAAGUAGACUUCGCACACUACAAGUCGAUUCUCAAGAACACCGCCGUUGUUGACGAAAUCGAGAAGCAUUUCUCUACUUUCAAGCCAGCCACAUAUGAUGUGGCCAGACAAAUCAAGGCAAUUGAGACUUUCGAGGCCCAAGCAAUCAAGAACGCAGAGGAGACCAAGGGUAGAGUGGACUUGGAGUUGAAGGAUUUGGAGAAGACAUUGAAGAACAUCGAGGAGGCUAGACCAUUUGAGGAUUUGACUGUGGACGAAGUUGCUGCUGCUCGCCCAGACAUCGAUGAGAAGACUGCUCAACUCGUUUCCAAGGGUCGCUGGGGUGUUCCAGGUUACAAGGAGAAAUUCGGCGAUCUUUCUAUGCUUUAGAUGGAAUAAAUUCGACUUUCCCUUUUCUUUGUUACCCGCACUAUUGUAGAUAGGGACCGGUGAUUGAAGAAGUAAGAUCAUGGUGGUUAAUCGUUUAAGUGCCAAGUUGGCCAAUCAUGAAACUGUUUCC